GAUCAGUCUGCAGCUGGAGACGCCGAGUGUGCGAGUGCGAGAUGGACUGAAUGAGGGCGCUCUUCCGACCAGCUCUGCCGAUAGCAUUCAAAUACCCACAAGCUAGGCUCCAAUCACUGACGAUCCCAGGUCGCAGAAUCAACAAGAGAAAAACACGGCACCGUUUUCAGGCUUUCACCUCCCACUCCCAACACACUAACACGGCAUUGAUGGUAAUGUAUGCAAGGAAACAACCGAGACUCGGCGAUGGGUGCGACCGAAGAGAUUCUCAGCCCUAUCAGACUCUCAAAUACUCAUCGAAGAGCCAUCCAGGAGGGGACCACCGACAUGAAAAGAUGCGAGACUCCUCAGAUGUCACUCCUCCCUGCAAAAUGCUCCGGAGGUCUGACAGUCCUGAAAACAAACACAUCGACAGCACGGGGCACAGCAGAGCAAAGGCUGUCCACACACACCGGGGAAGAGACAGGGAUGGAGGGACCAGUUUUUCCCCUCAAGAAAAUUCUCACAACCACACCUCCCUUCAUAGUUCCAACUCUCAUUCAAACCCCAGCAAGACCUCAGACACACCCCACGAACCUGGUGACGACUGGUCAGAGCAUAUCAGCUCCUCUGGAAAGAAAUAUUACUACAACUGCAGGACAGAAGUGUCCCAGUGGGAGAAGCCCAAAGAGUGGCUUGAGAGAGAACAGAGGCAAAAAGAGGCAACAAAGACUGCGGUUGUCAACAGUUUUCCCAAAGACAGGGACUACAGAAGGGAGGCUAUGCAAGCAUCGGCAGCCCCGACUGGUUCCAAGUCAACCCAGGUGGAGAAGCCUGCAGCGACCCAUGCCACCCAGUCUCAGUCAUCAUCCUCAGGCUCGGGGAGCUUGAACUCAUCAUCAGGGCCCCCUGGAUCGUCGGCCUCAACGGUGCCUGUGUCUCCAGUCCUGCAGUCGUCAGCCCCUCCACUACUUCAGGACCCCACCCUGCUUCGCCAGCUCCUCCCAGCACUUCAGACUGCCCUGCAGCUCAACAAUGCCAGUGUGGACAUGGCGAAAAUCAAUGAAGUUCUCACAGCUGCUGUCACACAAGCUUCAUUACAGUCGAUGCUCCAUAAGAUCCUCACUGCUGGACCAUCGGCUUUCAAUAUCACUACUAUCCUCUCUCAAGCUGCACAACUCUCCAGCCAAGCAGCUCAGCAAUCAAACCAGUCACCAAUGUCAUUAACAUCGGACGCCUCAUCGCCCAGGUCCUAUGUGUCUCCGAGGAUCAGCACACCCCAGACCAACGCUGGUCCUCUAAAGCCCCUCCUCAGCACGCAGCCUGUCAUCUCACAGUUAAAAGUGAGCACACAGUCAGUGAAGCAGGCGUCUCAUCCUCAGCCCACAUCCCAGCAUCACCUCUCCAGCGAUAAGCAGCACAGUCAUGAUGCCCCCACAGCCUCCCCACGCACACAGCAGCGCCAUGGCAGUCAGAGGAGUCCCUCCCCGGGUCCCAACCACGUUGCCUCCAGCAGCAGCAAUGCCCACAACUCUGCCUCCGCUCCCCCCAUCACCUCAUCAGCCCGGCCCUCCUGCACCUUCACCCCCUCCCUCGCUGCCCACUUCAAUGAGAACCUUAUCAAACAUGUGCAGGGUUGGCCUGCUGAACACGCAGAGAAACAGGCCUCAAGACUACGUGAAGAGGCACACACCAUGGGCAGCAUCUGCAUGUCCGAGAACUGCACUGAGCUCAAAAACCUCCGGUCUCUGGUCAGAGUCUGUGAAAUCCAAGCAACAUUGCGUGAGCAGAGGAUACUGUUUCUGAGACAGCAAAUCAAAGAACUCGAAAAGUUGAAGAAUCAGAAUUCUUUCAUGGUCUGACAACUUCUGGUUGAGCGCUGGAAGCGGGCGGUUUUGGAAACGAGGGGGGAGAAACCCAUUGCACAUAGUUGGAAGCUGGCGUGGAGUGAGCACUUGUUCAGUUCCUCUUGAGCCCAGUCUUAACACAAACACACACACAGGAGCUGCAGUUGGGUCGCCUUUGGACCGUUGUGCUGGGGGAAACCAAGGGGUAUAAAAAAUGAAGCGCUGCUGUGGGAGAAGGGGGAGGGCGGGGGCGAUUUUACAAGUUUUUGUAAAAAACCUCGACGGAAAAUGUAGAUUUCUUGUAGAUGUUAUUAUCUAUGUUGUAAAUAUGUUUUGUAGAUUGAAGCCAUGGAAAGCCAUGCCUCUCAAAGCUUUUGACAUCCAAACUAAUCAACACCUAGGCGGCUACAUUCAUUAGUUAGCCUUUCCUUCAUGUUAACUCGUCUGCAGACUUCAAGCUUCAUUCUGUCAGUUCAUAGAUCAUUGAACCAGUGAGCAUGUGUGGCCUGCAUGUAAACGGAGGAGGAUGUUUGAAGCCAUUUAUUAACAAAGCGUAAUAACACACUGGUGUCCCAAUUAGUUAUUUUCCUCAAACCUUGGUAAACUGACAACUGUCUGGAUUCUCUUCCUCUGGGUGAAGAGUCACAUGUGCUCAGGCGGGUGAACAUCCCCUCUCUGCAGGAAGAUUCCAAACUGCUCACUGGGGUUCAGUGAUCUAUUAGCAGCUUCUGGUGGCCCUGCAUUUCCCAGUCUGAAAACAAGACAGUGCCUGGUGGUGUGGUGGAGUGACUGAUUUCAAGAGAAAAACACACAAAAUCAACAAAAAAAUAAUGAUUAGAGAUGUGAUGGCGUGCUGCUUUGGACCAUUCCCCUCCCCUGGCCUCAGCCCUGCCUCACUGUCUCCUGAGGCUACACCUACACUACUAUGUUUUCAUUUGAAAACGCAUCAACUCUGCUCCGGAUGUGCCUGCCGUCCACGCUACUCCGGAGGUUAUAGAGCUGCUUAAGGAGAGGUUUGGAAACGCUGCUGGCCCUGUCAAAGUUUGAGAACUCCCGGGCUGCAUCUGGAUGGGCAGAAAUUGAGAUGUGUGGAAACCAUGACAGACACUCAAACGCUUGCUGAUUGGAUCUUUUCAGUCACAACGUAGCCUUCACUGAUUCGUCAGACUCCUAUCACAUGGCCCCCUUCUGGAAGAAAACAUCUUGUCAUUGCCAACAGCUGUAAUGCCGUUAAAUUCUGCAUUUCACAAGAGAGACAAGCAUUUAUUCAAGUACUUCCUGUUUACGCUGGCACACGCAUGCCCGGUGUAAGCAAGUGGUCCUGUGAUGUGCGUUUUCAGACGUGUUGGUAUGGAUGGGGAAUUAAAACUGAUUUGGCUGUUUUCAAACAAAACGUAGGAGUAUGGAUGUAGCCUGAGACACCAACACUUAACACCCUGUUCUUUCUUCUUCUUUUCUUGUGUUCCAGCAUUUAUUGUUCCUCGUUUUUCCCCCCUCUGACUUUUUAAGCUGAGGUGUUACCACUGGUUCAUUCCUUUGUACAGUCGCUAACAUAACAAGUGAAGUUUUAAGAGGCCGCAGAAUUGAAAAAAGGUUUUUAUUUAUAAACAGUUGUAGUGACGAACAGUCCCAUCACGAUGAUAUCCAUUCUCAUUUGCACCCGGUUCAGGAGUGGUGUUUCACAGACGUGACGUGGAUCACCUCAGUCAGCGCAGGGCAACGAGGUCACAAGGUCAAAUGUGAAAUGUAUGUAUUGUAAUAAACAUAUUAAACUAAAGCGAGCACUGGUUAUUUUAUUGGAAUAUUAGGUUUGGAUCAUAUGCUAGUGCCUUGUUGAAAGUCUUAAACCUCAUUCACCUGAAGAAACCCACAUUUUCUUUUAUCUCCUGUGAACCAACGACAAAGAUCUUCAACAAGCAUGUUUUACGCACAGAGUUGCUUUUGUAGCACGUCCCAUCCCUCUCUGAUUUGUUUGGUCUCCACUGGAGCAGGGUCAUUUGCUGCAAAGCUUCUUUUUUUUUUUUUUUUUUUUUUCUCUCACCAUACUAUCUAUUGAGUCUAUACCUAAGCUGCACCACACAUUCAGUAAAGGUGACUACAUCAUUGCUUUGUAUAUUGUUUCCUGAAGUAUAUUGACAAGUGAAAUAAAAUAUGCCUCCAGGGCCAUGUUG